AUGGAACAAUGUAUGAAGUGUCCAGAUGAUAAGUAUACCAACUUACAGCAAACCCACUGCCUCCAUAGAACUGUGUCAUUCCUGGCUUAUAAAGAUCCACUGGGGAUAGCUCUAGUCUGCAUGAACCUGUUCUUCUCUACUCUCACAGUUUUAGUACUAGUCACUUCUGUGAAGUACAAAGACACUCCCAUUGUGAAGGCCAAUAACCACAUUCUCAGCUACAUCCUCCUCAUCUCUCUAGUCUCCUGUUUUCUCUGCUCACUGUUCUUCAUUGGACAUCCCAACCAGGCCACCUGUAUCCUGCAGCAGACCACAUUUGGAGUAUUUUUCACAGUGGCUGUUUCUACACAUACAGUGUUGGCCAAAACAACUGUGGUCAUGGCUUUCAAACUCACUACUCCAGGGAGAAGGAUGAGAGGGAUGCUGGCAUCAGGGGCUCCUAACUUGGUCAUUCUCAUUUGUACCCUAUUCCAAUUUGUUUUCUGUGCAAUCUGGUUGGUAAUAUCUCCUCCUUUUAUUGACAGAGAUAUACAAUCUGAACAUGGGAAGACUGUCAUUAUUUGCAACAAAGGCUCUGUUACUGCCUUCCUCUUUGUCCUGGUGUACUUGGGUUCCUUGUCUCUGGGGAGCUUCACAGUGGCUUUCCUGGCUAAAAACCUUCCUGACAGAUUCAAUGAAGCCAGGUUCCUAACUUUCAGCAUGCUGGUGUUCUGCAGUGUAUGGAUCACCUACCUCCCUGUCUACCACAGCACCAGGGGGAAGGUCAUGGUGGUUGUGGAGGUCUUUUCCAUCUUGGCUUCUAGUGUGGGUUGCUAG